AUUAAUAAGAGAUCUUAAUCUACUAAUUUUCUGUUUCUUUAUUCUAAAAUUGAUCAAUUGAUAUAAUAAUGCUUUCCACCGCUGCUAGAAUCGCUUCCCGUAGAUCCGCUUCCGGAUUUGUUACCGCUGUCAGAACCAAGGUUUCUCUUCCAGAUCUUGACUGGGAUUUUGCUGCUCUUGAGCCACACAUUUCUGGUCAAAUUAAUGAAUUACAUUACACCAAGCACCACCAAACUUAUGUUAAUGGUUACAACACUGCCAUUGAACAAUUGGCCGAAGCCAAGGCUAAGGGUGAAGUUAAGAAGACCAUUGAACUCCAACAAAACAUCAAGUUCCACGGUGGUGGUUACACUAACCAUUGUCUCUUUUGGAAGAACUUGGCCCCAGAAAAGCAAGGUAGUGGUGAACCUCCUGCAGCUGAUUCUGAAUUUGCCAAGAAGAUUGCUGAACAAUAUGGUUCUCUUGACAACUUGAAGGCUUUAACCAAUGCUAAAUUGGCUGGUAUUCAAGGUUCAGGUUGGGCUUUUAUUGUUAAGAACAAGGAAAACGGUGACAAGUUGGACAUUGUUACCACUUACAACCAAGACACUGUCACCGGUCCAUUGGUCCCAUUGGUUGCCAUUGAUGCUUGGGAACAUGCUUACUACUUGCAAUACCAAAAUGUUAAGGUUGAUUACUUUAAGGCUAUCUGGAAUGUUAUCAACUGGAAGGAAGCUGAAAAGAGAUUCUUGGUUAACUAAGUAUAUAAUGAAAAUACAUGAAAUAUAUUAAUACAUAUGGUUAAAAAACAUAUUUAGCAAUGUCAAAAAUGCUAGACAGAAUAUA